UUUCUCAUCUGCUAAACUCACACAGCAAACAUCUCCUUCUAUUCUCCUAUUUUAUAUUCUCUUCUGUUUCGUUAUCUCAUUUAGAAUCCAUGGCUGUUUUCACAUUCGAGGAUCAAACCACUUCUCCCGUGGCUCCUUCUAUCCUUUACAAGGCUCUUGUCAAAGACGCCGACAACAUCGUCCCAAAGGCUGUUGAUUCCUUCAAGAGUGUUGAAAUCGUUGAGGGCAACGGUGGCCCUGGAACCAUCAAGAAGAUCUCUUUCCUUGAGGAUGGGGAGACAAAGUUUGUGUUGCACAAAAUAGAAGGAAUAGACGAGGCUAACUUGGGAUACAGCUACAGCAUAGUUGGAGGUGCUGCUUUGCCAAACACUGCAGAAAAGAUUACCAUCGACACCAUACUGAGUGAUGGCCCCAACGGAGGCUCAGUCGUAAAGCUGAGCAUAAAAUAUCACAGCAAAGGAGAAGCUUCACCCAAUGAAGAUGAGCUCAAAGCUGGUAAAGCCAAGAGUGAUGCUCUUUUCAAAGUCAUUGAGGCUUACCUUUUGGCCAAUCCUUAGAUUAUUGCCAACGUUCUUAAUUAUCUAAAACUUUGCUUUCAGUGUGUUACACAGUGUUUCCUUUCUUAUUUUUGUUUUGUCCUAUUGGGAAAGGCUUUCGAUAUCUUUUGUGUAUCCCAGUUCAUCAAUAAAUUAUAAUAAAUCAAACCAAAAUUUAAACCUU